UGUUCUUGCCCCUUUGGCUUCAUUCUGGUCGCGCGUCUGGGCUUUGGGAUCUGGGUCGCUCCUGUCGGGAGGUGCCCCAGGGCUGCGGCGAGGCGGCCAGGUCGUCGCGUGAAAGGGGUCUGGGCCCUUGUGAGACCCCAGUGCGCAUUCCGAGGCGAGCCUAGGGUUCUUUGUGGGGCGGGCACCCUUUGCAAAGGGCGCUCAGGGUGGGGAGGACUCCUGCCGCCAGAGCGAAUGAAGACUCCCAGAGCUAGCGUGCCUUUGUACCGCAGCUUGGCUGCGCCAUCUCUUUCCCACGUUGCAGGGCUCCGCCAUCUUGUCCAUUUAUCUUGGGGGGCUGGGAGGGCUGGGGAGCGCGUGUGACCCUGAGUUUUUCUUAGGUUUUCCACCCCUGUGUUAGCUGCAUUUGUUUUCCUUAGGCAGUCGCUGUUUUUUCGAUUGCACGUGGCUGGCAUUUUGUACAGCUUAGCACAAAGGUUAUGGGGGGGUGGGGAUUUCUAAGGAAUGAGGCGGAGCAGAGUCUCGAAAUGAAUUACUGGGUUGUUUCUGAGAACCAUGUAGGUGUGGUUUUAGGAGUAAGCAAGUGGGGCCUUUGUUUACCCUCACGAAUCAUUCUGACACGGUCCGUCCAGGUAUCAGGAGUUUGUGUUCUCUCGUGAAACGUGACUUCUGGGCUCAUUGGUCCUUGGGGUCUCGGACAUCCCUUGGUUUCCUGAUUCCGGAGAAGACCCAGCCCCGUGGCAGGUGGCUGAUCAUCUGUCUCCCCACCAGGACCCACCAAAAAUCCUCUCUGAGUUUCUCCUCCCUUUGGGCAACCAUCUGGAAAAUCAUUGACUUGAUCCUAACGGUGGCCGCGCCACAAGUAAAAGGAUUUUUCUCCUCCAUCCCUGGCGCGCCCUCUGUCGCUGUUGUCCGAUGUAUUUCUCUUUCACUUUUUAUCAUUAAAAUCCUCAGGCUGCUGGGAAUGCCACCAAAGUUAAAGUUGUAACGUUUUGCCAUGUUUGCUUUCCUUGUGUUUUGAAUUGUGUUUUGAUUUCAUCGAAAAUAGUUAACACUUUAUAUCGUAUUUGUGGUUUCAAAGUCGUCUCCAAAAUGUCUUCCUCAGCGGAUUUGUUCCAGAAUAGUUGCAGUAAAGGGUCUCCGGUCAUUGCAUAUGCUGCUUAUAUCUUAGGGUUGUUUUGUUUUGUUUUGUUUUUCCUAGAAUAGCUCCCUCCUUUUAUCUCCCAAUAGGUUCUUGCAAGGGAUGGAUGUGUACCCUAGCAGCUUUCAUUGCUUCCGGUACUAGCAAGUAGAGCCAAUGCUGAAAAUCUGUAAAAUGGGGCAAGGACUGAUAGACACUGGGGUUUCUCCAUGUAGUGGGUUUGAGGACAGUCCCCUGUGGACCUGUGACACUGGGGAAGUGGAGUAUGGUGUGUCUCCAUAGGGAGAGUUGAGGGCUUUCAUACCUUCCUGAUGGGUUUUGUGUUUCCCAGUCUCUUGACUGCAGUUAAUCUGGCCUCUGUUCCUGAAGGUGUAUCUUCAAGCUGAGGGACCACCCACUACGACCUCAUCUUGGUGGUUCCUCCAGGGAUCAAAGAGCCGCACCAUCCCUGUGCUUGGUCCUGCUGCGGCGCCCCCUCCGGGCUUCCUGCUGUUGCCUGCAGGGGACAGCCGUGACCAUGGCUGAGAGAGCACUGGCACUCACCCAGAUAAGGCGGGGGGACCGUUACUACACGUACACCGAGCUCCUGGCCAUCUCACGGCGCUUCAAGCAGAACCCCAAUGAGCUCAUGAUCACCUGGAUCCUGCGCGUGUAUGACCAGGGGGGCCCGGCCCUGUCCCUGAAUUCUGGAGAGCUGGCCCUGCUGGGCGACCUGACCAGCGAUGCCAUCUUCAACUACCGCUGUAAGACCCUGCGGGGCGGCUGCAAGUCACUGCUCACCUGGCUGCUGCUGGCCUGGCGCCAGCGCUGGGAAUCUUUCCUGCACUUCGAGGCUACCGAGCUGCCCUUCCGACCCUGGACCACCAUGGAGGAGGGCAUCCAGCUGGUACGUGAGCUGGGCAUGCUGGACUGGAUCUACCGCGAGCCGCCCUCACCUCCCGCAGGCGAGCAGGGGCUGAGGCCAGCGCCUGAGGACGUGCCCUUCACGCAGGGCCUCCAGCGGCGCCUGCUAACGGCCGCACCCUCGGAGCUGCGGCUCUCGCUGGUCAGUCUGCUGGUCAAGGGCAUGACAGUGCUGGAGGCGGUGAUGGAGAUCCAGACCAUCGCCGACGUGGGCCUGCUCUGGCGUCAGAGCCAGCCGGGCCGCGCCAAGCUCAUGUUGGGGCCCAACCCGACGCGCAAAGACCUCACGGGCUGGCUGCUGAGCCAUGGCGUGCCCAAGGAGACGGUGGACAAGCAGCCCACCAAGGUGCUCCUGGAGCUGUACAUCAAAGAGGCCAAGCGUAGCCGCAGCCACCCAGCCUACAUGCUGGGGGACGAGCAGCCCCCACCUCCACCCUACUCAGACCAGGCCUGUGGGGAGGAGCCGCCUGUGCCAGUGCACCAUGACUAGGCCUCCCGGCCAUGGUCUUCUCAAUGGGACUCCGUGGCCGAGGGAGGCUGGAUUCCAGGGGAAACACAAAAGUCAGAGCCAGUGCCUCUGGCUCCACCUACCCACUGCAACCCCCCGCAUCGUAGACCGAGGGAUGGCCCUUCUGCCUGGUCUCCGGCCUCCCCACGGCAGGCCUCACUGUUACUGUAUUUGAGGUUCCUAGAAGAGGGGACUGUCCUUGCCCCCAGCCACCCCACAGGUGUCACCAGCCAGAGCAGUGGAGGCAGGUGAGCCAGCCAGUGGCCCUAGGUGCCUCAUUACCCUGGGGCAUGACCUGUUCCUUUUUAGUCUGUUACAUUUCAGCCCGAUUGGCACAGUGGGUGGGCGGGCACCCACCCCUUGGCCCCACGGGCCCCCUAAGCACUACAGGCCAAGUGGGGAGACCCCACAGCCCAUUGACAUGAAAGCACCUUGAAGUUUGUACCUUUUUUAAGGUAUUUUUAAAUGCAGUGUUUUUACCUAAUGAUUUUAAGCAUGUGCAACAUUUUGAUUUUAGAGAUGCUCCUUUCUCUUGGAAUGUUUUUUUCCCCUUAAGACUUUUUUAUUACUGUUUUGCAAUUCCUUUCCCAUUUAAAGUGGACCUCCGCUCCUUGCUCACCUGGAGAAGCAGCAGCCAGUCCCAUUAGGCAGAUGUAUGACCUCUGGCCAGUGUCUGUCACAUCUGGAUUAAAGAUGUUGGGGCCAAGACUCACAGCUUUGUGAGGACAGCCAGCCACCCUGGCAGGCCACACUGGGCACAUGGGACUCAUUAAAUAGCGUGAGCAUU